AACCAUCGGAAACCCAUAAUCAUGCCUCUCUCUCUCCUCCUCUUUGUGGCCCUACUCUCUCUCUUAUUCUCCCCAUCAAACUCCCUCUCUCUCUCCUUCCCUCUCACCUCCCUUCCUCUAUCCCAAGAACCCUCCUUUUCCCUCUCCUCCAAAACCUCACCCCUGGACUCGGCGAAGCUCCCCUUCAAAUACUCCAACGCCCUGGUGGUCUCUUUCUCCAUUGGGUCGCCGCCGCAGCCGAUGGACAUGGUGCUAGACACCGGCAGCCAACUCUCUUGGGUUCAAUGCUACGGCAAAGUAAGGAGGAGGACAGAAUCAGUGAUUAAUCGAUUUGACCCUUAUCUCUCCUCCACUUUCUCUCACCUCCCCUGCAACAACUCUAUCUGCAAACCCCGAAUUCUCGAUUUUACCCUUCCUACCUCUUGUGAUCGAUAUCGCCGCUGCCACUACUCCUACUUCUACGCCGAUGGGACCUUGGCUGAAGGUAAUCUCGUCACUGAAAAAAUCACAUUCUCUAAUUCCUUAACUACCCGCUCCCUCGUUCUCGGCUGCGCUACGGCCUCCACUGAAAACAGGGGUAUGUUGGGAAUGAAUAAGGGACGCCUCUCCUUCAUUUCCCAGGCCAGAAUAUCCAAGUUUUCCUAUUGUGUCCCGGAUCGAAUCGGGUCGGAUCCAACCGGGUUGUUCUACCUCGGAGACAACCCGAAUUCGGGUAAAUUCAAAUACGUCAAAAUGUUGACUUUCUCCAAAAGUCGACGCUCCCCGAAUCUUGACAAGUUGGCCUACACCCUCCCAAUGAAGGGGAUUAGAAUAGGCAAAAACCACCUCAACAUCUCGCGGGCCGUUUUCAAACCGGACCCAUCUGGCGCCGGUCAGACCAUGAUCGACUCCGGCUCGGAUUUGACGUAUUUGGUAGAUGAAGCUUACAGCAAGGUUAGAGCAGAGAUAGUGAGAUUAGUGGGGCCCAUGAUGAAGAAAGCAUAUGAAUUUGCUGCCGUUGACAUGUGUUUUGACGGCGCAGAGGCGGCGGUGGUGGGUCGGAGAAUUGGCAACAUGUGGUUCAAGUUUGAGAAUGGGGUGGAGAUAUUGGUCGGGAAAGGAGAAGGGUUAUUGACGGAAGUGGAAAAAGGGGUGAAGUGUGUGGGGAUUGGACGGUCAGAUAGACUUGUGACUGAGAGUAAUAUAAUCGGGAUCGUUCAUCAAAAGAAUAUGUGGGUGGAGUACGAUCUGGCCAAUAAGAGAGUUGGGUUCGGUAAAGCUGAGUGUAGUAGAUUGAAGGCCUGGUAAUGGACGAUGAACAUCAUAUAAUAAUUCGUAUCUAUUUAUAUUUUCACGAUUUAGUUAUGAAAAUGGAUAAAAACAUAAAAAAUAUAUAUAUAUUCACUUUAAACCAA